UAGGAUGGCUGGUGCCCCGUGGCUUAAUUGCCCGACCCAUGAACGCUUCGAAAAUAGAGCGUCUGCCGCAAUUGUUGAUUGCGGUCAGGAGACAUUCGUGGCAGCGAUGGGAGGAGGUGUCGAGCCGGGCGUACCCUUUUCACAGCAAUCACUUACAGUCUCGUUGUGUCGAGACCGGAAUUCGUAACUCUCGAUCCGAUGUCUCGACAUCGAUGCAUCAGCUGUGUCCCACGGAAAUUCCAUCGAAGCGACUGGUCCAAAUACGCCCUUUCUCUCUCUCUCUAUCUCUCCAGCGAGCAAAACCUUGAACCAUCAAACUACCACUUCCCGGUUUUGGGCUCUCGCACUAGUGAGGAAGCUAGUGCACAUCAACCAAACCCCAAGAAAGAACCAGAGGGCUGGUUUGUGGCCUUUCCUCAGUCCAGCUCGAUCCAAGGAAGGCAUCCCCAUGACGCUAGACCAAAUGUGUCAAAAUCCGACGACCUGCAGCUCAGACAAAGCCUCCUUUCUCCUUUGAUCUGGCUUCGACAAUGUCCUUUUGCUCUUUUCUCCGAUUUGUUUAUAAGUCAGCCUUACCAGGAACAUUUCAACCAGAUUCUCGGGUCCAAAGUCACGUCAUGUUUGAUACUGUGUCGCCGCCGCCGCCGAUCUGCUGGAAAGGUGGAACAAGAAAAUAAGGACCUCAGGAACGGAUGCUCCGUGGAAGACGAAAGGGGGGAGCAGUAGCAGCAGAAGCAGAAGCAGAAGCAG